UCACUCUCUUCUCUGGUAUGCUAUGGUUGUCGGUGUUCCAGGUUGUGUCCGUGUUCCUGCUCAUUUGUACUUCUCAGUAUUUUGGAAACAUAUUUUUCCUGUUUCUUCACGACACUUUUUGUUGUACCUUUUGCUUAAUUAAAUCUUUGAACGCUAGACUGCUCCGUCUUCUCUGCUUUUGGGUCCAAGCUUCGCCUCCCCCGUGACAGAGUUGUGAUUAGGGGUGCAACUAUACACAGUUGCAACCGUUCGGUACGAGGCUUUCGAUUAGGUUUAACCAAAGGAGCUGGUGUGUUGCCAGACGGUCCUCUAAACGCAGCUGUGGGAGCGACAGUGAUGUUUACUACAACACUGAUUCCAUCAGACAAACCAUUUUUGUCAGUGGUCUGGACAUUUGGUAGUGAAAAUAUAAUCACUUUCAGUGGUAAAAACAUCACUGGACCAGAGUAUGAAGGCAGGAUCACCCUCUUCAUGUCUACUGGAUCUCUGGAGCUCAGGAAUCUGGAUCUUAAUGACAGUGGACAAUACAGUCUGAGCAUCAUUCAAGCUGGAGGACCAGGGAAGACAGGGAGCACAACACUGAACGUACUUGAGCCAGUCUCCAAUGUAACGGCAACUGCCAGCAGCACAGACUUGGUGGAGUUCAACAGCUCUGUCCGUCUGUCCUGCUCCUCCUCUGGAUCCUCUCUCUCUUUCCUCUGGCUGAACGGCAGCUCUGAGGUUACAGCCAGUGACAGAGUUCACAUCACUGAUGGAGGCUCCACUCUCACUAUAGUUAACGUGACCCACUACGACCAGGGACCAUUCAGGUGUCGUGUGUCCAAUCCUGUCAGUGUUGGCACCAGUGAUCUAAUAACCCUCUCCAUCAGCUAUGGCCCAGAAGAUAUUAAUUUGACAAUAUCUCUGUCACAAGAAUACUAUGGGGAAGGGUCAGACAUCACCCUGUCCUGCUCAGCUGACUCCAGACCUGCUGCCCUGUUUUACUGGUUUCUAAAUGGAGACUUUCUGUCUGAUACUGGACCAGAGCUCAGACUGAUGAACAUUCAGAUGAGUCAGAGUGGGAACUACAGCUGUCAGGCCUUUAAUGACAAAACUCUGAGAUAUGAAACAUCUCAGCCUGCAGCUGUCUCUGUACUGGAGAGAAUAUCAGGUGCUUUUGUCACACCAACAACAAGCCUGACGAUUGAAGGGAUCUUUGUCAACUUAACCUGUGAUGCUGCUGGCUCUGUCUUUACCAGAAAGUGGAUGAAAGAUGGCUCAGAUCUGACUCUGGCUGGAAACAUGAACCUUUAUGACAAGAACAAAGUGCUGUCUUUUAACAGCCUGAAAACAACAGACAGUGGGGAAUAUUCCUGUAAUACCAGCAACCCCCUCAGCAACGAUGAAGCUAAAUACACCAUGGUUGUGAUCUAUGGCCCAGAAAAUGUUAAAAUCACAGGUCCAAGUGAGAUAGAUUUGGGACAGUCCUUCACAUUAACCUGCUCUGCUGAUUCCACACCAUCUGCUACUUACACCUGGAUAUUGAAUGGGACAGAGAUACACAAUUCUGCUGAGUUCACUAAAAACAACACUGAAGUCUCUGACAGUGGCAGCUACGCCUGUCAAGCGAUGAAUAGUAUAACUGAGAGAACAUCGACUGCAGUCCAUGGAUUGUCUGUAACAGACAGGAGGUCUGGAGGUCUUUCAGCUGGUGCCAUUGCUGGAAUAAUUAUCUUGUGUUUAGUAAUUGCUUCAGCAGGAGGAGCUGUUGGAGGGCAUUAUGUUUAUAAAAACAAAAUCAACAACAAAGCUCCACCACCUUCUGAUAAUAAAGAAAAAGAAGAACCUGUGUAUGAGAACACUUCAGCAGUAUAUGAGAACUUGUAAACUCAACGAUCUAAUUUCCCUUUAAAAAGAUGAUCAGAAAAUGAGCAAACUUGAAACAUAACCAGCCCGAAGAAAAGAAAAUGUUAAUGAAUGUCAAUAUUAUUUUUAAUUAACACAUUUUUUCUGCUACCUUUAGUUUAUAGUGAUAUUUCUUCAAACCCCAAAUAAAGAGCUAAUAUAGAAUAAAGAGCUCCA